UGGAGGAUUACGAUGGAAUACGUGCAGAUAAAGGACAUCCGCGCGGGGCAGAAGAACAUCAACGUAGUGUUUAUCGUUUUGGAGGUUAGCCACCCUACCAUAACCAAAGAGAACCGCGAAGUUCGAACGUUCAAAGUGGCUGACAGCACCGCUUGCAUGAACGUCUCCAUUUGGGACGAACCUGGACAACUCCUGAUGCCGGGUGAUAUAGUACGGCUCACCAAGGGCUACGCGUCCGUCUGGCGACAAUGUCUGACCCUUUAUUCGGGGAAGAAUGGUGACAUCCAGAAGAUUGGCGAGUUUUGUAUGGUAAUCAACGAGCAGGUGAACAUGAGCGAGCCGAAUCCAAUGCUGGUACAGCAGCUUGUUAAUCGGGAUCAGAGCGGCUCCGGCCCGCCCAGUAGCAACGUCAACAACAGCAUCACCAACAACGGCAAUGCCAACAGUAUCUCGGGUCAACCAGGACGGCAGCCUUUGGUACAUAACUCAUUAAGAACAUCACCCGUGACGAUUCCGUCGGCGAGUCAGCGCGGCACUGCGCGGCACGAAUUUUUGCAAGUCAAAGUAACACAACAACUGCUGGUAGCGGAUCCGCGGCAAGUUCGACGACCGCAAAGAGCGGAAACGGCGGCAGUGGAGGCAGCGGCAACGGCGGCAACACCACCAGCAGCGGUGGAGGCAGCGGCGGCAGUGGCAGCGGGUCAGGUACCUCGGUUCGAUACUCCUCGUCGGACUCGACGACGAAGUCGGCGCCGACGACAAAGAGCAACUCGCGCGGACGCGGCGGCUACAGGAACGGCGGUCGUAGCGACCGGAGAUAACACACGAGAAGGAAGCGGCUGAUCAUAUGCGUGUAAACGAGUGAAUGAACGAAUAAACGUGAUGCGCGACAGAUCUGCGUGACUGUGACUACUAUGUUUCAAAAUUGAUUGCCUGUAUUGAAAAUCUAUAGUGCACAUAGCAUUUUCAACGCUGGUAGUAAAUUUGAAGCAUAGCCUUGUAAUAUAUAGUUUUUCCUGGUUUUUUUUUAAAUUUUAAUUUUUGAUGCGCGCUUUAUAAGCCAGGAAGUUACUUAUGUGUUGGAAGUAGAGAUUGACUGUCGUCUAUUUCGUCUAAGAGCAAACAUUGCGAAAUUCUACUUGCUUUAGUAGUGAUGUGUACUUGAUUUCCAUUAUCUUGAGCGAUUCCGUCAUUGUGACGUUUCUUAUCGUUUUAGGCAUCAUUUGAAAUCUCAGAUCCCCCCCUUCAAGACUUUAAAAAACUUGUUUUUGUUCAAAAAAUGAUAAUCUUAACAAUGCAAUUUUUGAAAUUUUUGAAAACUUUGAAAGCCAUGAACAAUUAAAACCUCUCGUGAAACAGAAGUACUUUAUAG